AAAACACACAUCAUGAAUCUUGUUCGAAAUGAGGGUCCUGCUAUGAGUUGCGAGCCGCCCCAAAAGAAGCAGCGACAAGAUGACGGCGCCAAAGGGACCAGCGCCGGUCGCACUUUAGCAGUGCUUGGACUUGGCAAUCCUGGGCGCACAUAUGAACGACACAGCUUGGGUGCCAGAGUGGCUGCCGCCGUAGCUGAAGCUAGUGCAGUGGCUGUCGAAUCGACGAACAAGGACUUGGAAGGAGCUGUUUGGCUCGGUUGUGGAGAACUCAAGAAAGACUGGGCAUUGAUCUUGCAGCCGCAACGACCCAUCAAUGAGAAUGGACCUCAACUGCACUCUGCGUUGUCAGAUCUGAAUCUCCAGGACGCGCCUUUUUUGACAAUUGUGGAUGACUGCUGGUUACCUUUAGGAACAAUUCGCUUCAGAGAAAAGGGCUCCAGUGGCGGCCACAAAGGUCUGGAGGGCAUUGAGGCAAGCUUUAAAUGCGGACAAAAUUAUCACAGGUUGCGUUUAGGCAUUGGAGGGAAAAAUCUCAAGGAGUUUGUUACCGGAAGCUUUACUGAGGAGGAAGAGUCUCUUCUUCAACCAGUACUAGCGGCAGCUGUGAUGGCAGUGCAGGCUUGGUUGAGGCUUGGACCUGAAGCGUCGCAGAAGGCCGGAGUUGACGCAAGCUGCAGCCUUGGCAAAGUGUCACGGACGAAGCGGUGUCCGGUGUCCAGUUGCAUUGUGGGCCAUGUGGGGUAGCGUUGUUUCAGAUCAUGAGCAUCGUCAAUGCU